AUGUCUAUCGAAUUAGAUGAUAAACAGCUUACUGCUGAUGAAAUCGCAUUAUAUGAUAGACAAAUUAGACUAUGGGGAAUGGCAACUCAAUUAAGGUUGAGAUCAGCCAAAAUAUUAGUCAUAAACUUAGGUGCAGUUGGGGGUGAAGUAGUGAAGAACUUGGUAUUGGGAGGCAUUAAUACCUUGGAAAUCUUGGACUCGUCAAAAGUAAAAGAAGAGGAUUUUCUGGCUCAAUUUUUCUUGCCAAACAAUGACGAUAUAGUUGGUCAAUUGAAAUUGCCAGUCGUUAUAGAACAGAUUAAAGAUUUGAACAAUAGAGUGAAUUUAUCUGCUAAUACAAGUAGCUUAUCUUCGAUAUUCAGUGAUUCACAGGAAACUAAUAAUUAUCUCGCUAAAUUUGAUCUUAUAAUAGGAACGGAACUAGCAAAAUCUGAAAUGCUUACGCUUAAUGAGUAUACGAGAAACUUAAAUAUUCCGUUGUAUGUAUGCGGUCUACAUGGUAUGUUUGGAUAUAUAAUGUCCGAUUUAAUUCAUCAUACUGCAACGUCUGAGAAAGAUGCUGGAAAUCAACCAAGAGAACCAAAUACCAAGAUAAAUCGUUGCAAGACUAUCACAAAUGUUGAUUAUAACAAAGAAGAAAAUAAGGAAAUUGUAACUAUUGUUGACGAGUUUAUUCCAAUACUUGAAAUAUUUAAAUCGAAGGAAUUGCCAAAGCAAUUGAAUAGAAGACAGAUGAAGAGACUAUCUGCUGCGUUUCCUUUAAUAUUUGCUUUAUUUGAUAUUCCUCGUUUAGAGAAUCCAGAAGACACUAUAGAUAUUGAGGAACUUCGUAAUAAACUGAAAGAGGUAUGUGCACAGUUUGAAAUCCCAGAGACCGUAAUAAAUGAUGAAUAUUUGAGACUAUUCAGUAAUCAAGCAUACACAGAAUUUUCCCCGGUUUCCGCAAUUUUAGGAGGAUGUUUAGCUCAAGAUGUUAUACAAUUUUUAAGUAAGAAAGAGAGUCCUUUAAACAAUUGUUUGAUCCUUGAUGCGGUUAAAUCGGAAAUGCCGAUCUAUUUAUUGUAA